AGGGGAAAAAGCAGCAGCAACUCUCCAACAAUGGGUCUUCGUACACUCGAUCCUCCAGCUGUGCUAUUCUUUCCGACCAUUAGCAUGCCACCGUCAAAGGAUUCCACGUCUGGGUUGAUGAAGAAUCUAAACCGUUUUGAAGGGGCGAAGUCUCCGGAUCAAGAUGUAUCGACACAGCGUCCAGGUGUCUUGAGCCGAUUAGUGGAAUUGGCCGGCGGCCGUGUGGAGAUGGCGCACCACAUAUUGGAUAAUCUGGAACGCGACCUCAAGAUAUCCCGUGCAACUGGACGCGAUCUGUUCUACGAGCACGAGCGCUUGGUAGUUCACAUUUUGCGGGAAAGCACAGAGAAAUUGUCCUCUAUUGGAGGAGGGAAUCAAUGGGCGAAAAAUUAUCCUGUUCUCGGAAACAGUACGCUUAACAAGCUGCGAGGUGCGACACAGUCAUCGAGUUCGAGCCUUAGCCCUUUUGCAAGUCCUAUGCUUGCAGGCAGAAGCCGUGUUAUGGCCACACGUGGUGGAAUCUUCAGAGAGCCUGGACAGAUGCUUGCGUUUGGUGAGCAGCCUUUCAAUGAGAAUUUUAUGCUGCAGCAGGCCAUAGAGGGCGCGGUAGAAGGCACUUCACCAUUUGAGUUUGACAACGUUCCAGACGGGAUAGCAAAAACUACAAGUGAAGAACAGAGACUCGAAAAGCAAGAGGGGAUCGUUUCCGAAGAGGCUCUUGUCCCACCAACCGAAAAUCCUAGUAAUGUUGCAGGGUCAACAGUGCCAAAUCGCGUUAUUGCCGAGUACAAU